UUUGGCCACUAGUUACUCGUAGCUUCAGUAAAUGGAAAGAUCAAGUGAUAGAAACAGUGAUCUUAUAGAAACUUUUGACAAGAAACUUUGGAGGAACAUAGAAUUUCUAGAAAUUAUUUGAACUUUUAAUAAAAAAAAGUUAAAUUUGAAACAAAACCAAAUUUUUGUGGAAAAAUAAAUAAAUUGUUUUGUUUAAUUAGACAAACAAAUACAAAAAUCUCAUCAUGCCUGAGUUUAUAGAAAAAUCAAAUGUAUUGCCUACAUAUUUGUUGAAGAACAAAGCCCAAACGAACUUCGGACUUUACAACCAUAUUCGAGGAGUGAAUAUAUCCAAUGGUAGCUUGUCCAACUUGACAUCGAAUGUGAAGGCGUUCGUUGAGCAAGCCGUUUCGCUUUGUCAACCUGAUCAAGUGCAUAUCUGCGAUGGAUCGGAUAUGGAGAAUAAGUUGCUUUUGAAGCAACUUGUCGAAGCUGGAACUAUUGUGGCAUUGCCAAAGUAUGAGAAUUGUUGGUUGGCCAGAACAAAUCCGGGCGAUGUGGCUCGUGUGGAGUCGAAGACGUUUAUUUGCACUGAAGAAAAGCAUGAGGCUAUUACAAGUCCCUCGGAAGGAGUGAAGGGAACAUUGGGAAAUUGGAUUUCACCCAAUGACAUGGAGGAGGCUGUGCAGCAGCGCUUCCCGGGAUGCAUGAAGGGAAGGACUAUGUACGUGGUUCCGUUUUCAAUGGGACCCGUUGGAUCGCCACUCUCCAAAAUCGGUAUCGAGCUUACCGACUCAGCGUAUGUGGUGGCAUCCAUGAGAAUUAUGACCCGUAUGGGAAAAUCGGUGCUCGAUCAGUUGCAGAAGUGUGAAGAGUUCGUAAAGUGCCUGCAUUCGGUGGGAACUCCAGCAAGUGGAGUUGUGGAAAUCCCUUCUUGGCCGUGUGAUCCUGAAAGAACAAUAAUCCUGCACAAGCCCGCUGAGAAUCUAAUUGUGUCCUACGGAUCGGGUUAUGGAGGCAAUUCCUUGUUGGGUAAGAAGUGUUUCGCUUUGAGAAUCGGAAGCACAAUCGCUAAACGUGAGGGAUGGCUCGCUGAACAUAUGCUGAUCCUUGGAAUUACUAAUCCAGCUGGGGAGAAGAAAUACAUCACUGCAGCGUUCCCGUCGGCUUGUGGAAAAACUAAUUUGGCUAUGUUGAGUCCUUCGCUGGCAAACUACAAGGUAGAGUGUGUAGGAGAUGACAUCGCUUGGAUGAAAUUCGACAACAAUGGGGUCUUGCGUGCCAUCAACCCCGAAAAUGGAUUUUUUGGAGUUGCACCAGGAACCUCGAUGGAAACAAAUCCUAUUGCCAUGAACACAGUCUUUAAGAACACCCUCUUCACAAAUGUCGCCUCGACAUCAGACGGAGGUGUUUACUGGGAAGGCAUGGAAAGCAGUCUGGCACCUGGAGUACAAAUUACCGAUUGGCUAGGUAUGCCCUGGGACAAGAACUCAGGUCGCCCAGCAGCACAUCCCAAUUCCCGAUUCUGUACACCAGCAUCCCAGUGCCCAAUUAUUGAUCCGGCUUGGGAAGAUCCAGAAGGUGUGCCAAUCAGUGCAAUUCUGUUCGGUGGACGUCGUCCUGCAGGAGUUCCCCUAGUCUAUGAAGCCAAUUCCUGGGAACAUGGUGUAUUUGUCGGAGCAGCGAUGAGAAGUGAAGCAACUGCCGCAGCUGAAUUCCGCGGAAAAGUCAUCAUGCACGACCCGUUCGCUAUGCGUCCAUUCUUCGGCUAUAACUUCGGAGACUACCUGGCGCAUUGGCUAAGCAUGGACAAGAGUGGACGAAGCCUUCCGAAAAUAUUCCACAUCAAUUGGUUCCGCAAGGCAAGUGAUGGUUCAUUCUUAUGGCCCGGAUACGGCGAGAACUCCAGAGUCCUCGAAUGGAUUCUGAAGCGAGUUGACAAUGAACCGUGCUACGUUGACUCACCCAUCGGUCGUAUGCCCACCAAAGACGGACUGAAUCUCAGUGGAAUGUCAACACAAAUCGAUGUCAAUCGACUUUUCUCCUUGGAAAAGGACUUCUGGACGGAGGAAGUUAAAGCUAUUUCAACUUACUUCGAAACACAAGUGGGAGCCGACCUACCACCUGCCGUCAAUGAAGAACUAAAAAGCUUAGAACGGCGUGUGGCUGAAAUGUAAAUAAGUUUUAAUUAUAGAUACUUUAGAAAUAAGUUUACAUAGCUGUAAGGAUACUCGCUACACUUUUAAGGACACUAUACAUACUUCACAACAACUGAAACCCAUGUACCAUGAAUAGCAUCUAAGGCAUUAGACGUAUUUUUAUUUAGACAUUUUUUACAUCUACAUUAAGAUGGUGUAGUUUCGCUUUAGUAUUAUGGUUAUUUUUCGCUUUUAUUUUGUUGCUGUUUAAAACUUGUUGAAACAACAAUAAAAUAAAGUAAAAAAUAUGCAAAUAAAAAGAAUUAAAAAUACAAGAAAACCUA